ACUUCCUGUCUGACUCCCAGUCUGUCUGUCUGACUCCCAGGGUGUCAAUAGAUAAAGGUAUUGUGUGAACAAGGUUAACAACUCUCUGUCCUCAUCUCAAAUCCAACCUAAUCAUUCAUGUCCUAUUUGUCAAAGUCAUUUAAAAGCACAUUUCAGUGAUAGUCGUUGUAUCCCAAAUGGCACCCUGAUUCCUACAUAGUGCACUAGUUUUGGACCAGAGCCCUAUAUAGGAGGCUAUCUGGGACAGAAACAAAUUCAUUCCAGCUGAGCUCACCAUGACAACGCUGUAUUGUUACUCUUCUUGAACCCUGCCCCAAUGCCGAUCUAAACCUUAAUGACGUCUCACUCGCUGGUUGGCUGUACGCGACGCAGAACCCCGGAAGACUUUACUUCGCCCAAUUUGUACAAGGGUCGCCACUAGUUACCACAGACACAAAGUUUUUAAAAAACGCCGCCUAUUUCGUCAAUUCCUCUGAAUUAAAAUGUUAUUUUAAACCUUAACCAUAAUUCUAACCUUAUACCUAACCCUAAAUUAAGAGCAAACAUCUAAUUUUUGUAUGAAUUUAUACAAUAGAGCCAAUUUUGACUUUGUGACUGUGGCAUCUAGUGGAAACUCAGCAUAAAAUGCAACAUUACUGAGCUCUCAUUUGUAACUGAAGGGUUUAAGUACAGCAACUAUCGACAAGCGACCCCUUCCACAACCCCAAGAUCUUCAAAGCGACAAUAUUUCAGUGAUAAAAUUAACAUCGCAUCAGUAACAAGGAAGACAUCUGAUUAUACAGAUAACGGAAGUGAGUUUGAGUUUUUUGCGAAUUGGAUUUUAUCCGUGAGAUCGGGUAGUUGUCUCCGUAGUGAUGUUUCAGAUCAACAGAAUUUGCUGUAUAGGAGCAGGCUAUGUGGGAGGACCAACCUGCAGUGUCAUCGCCCACAUGUGUCCAGAGAUCCACGUGACAGUGGUCGACGUCAACGAAUCACGGAUCAACGCCUGGAACUCCGACACACUGCCCAUCUACACACACACAGGUACCCCAGGGUUGAAGGAGGUAGUGGAGUCAUGCCGAGGGAAGAAUCUCUUCUUCUCUACAGAUAUAGAUUCUGCCAUCAGAGAUGCUGACCUCAUCUUCAUAUCAGUGAACACCCCCACAAAGACCUAUGGGAUGGGGAAGGGGCGUGCAGCCGACCUAAAGUACAUUGAGGCCUGCGCUCGUCGCAUCGUAGAGGUUUCCAACGGUUACAAGAUCGUCACGGAGAAGAGCACGGUUCCUGUCCGAGCGGCUGAGAGCAUCAGACGAAUAUUUGACUCCAACACCAAACCCAACCUCAACCUGCAGGUGCUGUCCAACCCAGAGUUCCUGGCUGAGGGCACGGCGGUGCGUGACCUGAAGGAGCCAGACCGCGUCCUGAUUGGUGGAGACGAGACGGCGGAGGGUCAGAGGGCGAUCAGGGCUCUGUGUGAUGUUUACGAACGCUGGGUCCCCAAGGCCCGCAUCAUCACCACCAACACCUGGUCCUCAGAACUCUCCAAACUG